AUGCAAGUCGCAGCAUUCCUGUCGGAUCUCAAGUCCCUCAGUGUUUGUUCUCACGAAGCCGCCAUCGCCCUGGUGAAGCCAUCUUUGAUCACGACAGCCGAUGACACAAAUCAAUCGCCAGCCAAGGCCGAGGAGACACCUGGGCGACCAUUACAGCCUUCGACAUCAGAACACCAUGAUCAGGACCUUCAACGCGCGAACGAACUGGUCUCACUCUACUACGACGUCAAGUUGAAAUAUCUUGAGACAGGGCCUGAUCCAGACCUUGUCCAGGCGGGAAAGCAUGUCGACCAGAUCAUAGCUGCUUUGUCCAGGUCAAAGCGAUAG